CCUCUAACAUUUAAGCCCUCUGUGAUAUAAAAUCCAGAAAUAAGGAUCCUCAGUGUAUGAUGCCCGAUAUCAACCGCACCGAACCUGCUCCGGCUCCGGCUCCGGCUCUCGUCUCUCUUUCUCUCGCUCUCUCUGAACCCUUGACUCCCCACCGUCAAUCUCUCUAUGCGAUCCCAAAUCUCCUCAGUGAGGGUAGUUUGAAACCCUUUUCCGCUCAACUGGAUUCUAUCUGCUCCUCUUUUCGUGAGGAAUCUUCGAUUUUUUUUGAGAAAUUUUACUCGCAGUUCCACUGGGAAGUGUAACCACUAGUAUAUGGACAUGCAAUGCCAGCAUAAGGCCCAAUGGCUGAUGAUAUUUGGCCUCUUCUUCCUCUUGAUCUUAACCAGCAAUUGGGCAUGUGAUGCCGCUGCUUUGUCUUCUGACCAGGUGAGCAAUGUGGGAAGCAAUGAUGGGAGAAUCUUUGGCUGUUUGCCAUGCUCUCAAGCUUACCUUGCCAGCUCUUAUUAUGAUCACCGCAAUAGCCUGCUUGAAUCAGAUUUUCAUGAUUUUUUAGCUCAAGGAUUUGGUACAGGUGACUUGUGUAGAGGGCUGGCUAAUGAUAUGAAUGUGCUUGGACUUGCAGACCUGCACCGACAUCUGAGCGGUGAAGGUUCUCAUCGACAUGUGGUUUCCGCCUUGAGAUUUGUUAACCGAUCAGAUCCUAUGAAGUGGCUUGAUUCUUACUCUUGUGAAGCAGUGAUUAUUGAAAGACUUCCAAUUGGAGCCUUUGCAGAUCCAUUUGAGCUACAACAUCUUGUCCACCGUAGAGCCUUUCUUGAUGCUACCAUUUUUGGAGACUCGAAUCUGGAAUUACCCUCUGCUCUGUCCAACAGAUCAAUUGUUGAAAUUCACACGGAUAUUAGGAAUGACUUGUUGGAGAACUAUGAAACUGUUAUUCAGUUACCGCUGCAUGCUAGAUAUCCGGUGAGUUUAAGAAAAAAACAAAUAAGUUACGGCACAUUACUUUGGAGUGUUUCAUGUUAUUUAAGACUUUGUUUGUAUAGUUUUGGUGGUUGUAUGCUAAAACUGGCAUUUUAUAUAAUUAAAUUUUAUAAUUUUAGUUGGUAAAUUGUUUAGCGGGUGCAUAUAAUGUCCAUAUCAAACUUAAACUAUUCAAAGUUUGUUACAUUUGACAACUAGGAAGCUCUCAAUGCCAAAUGUGUUGAGUUUUUUUCCUCAUCAUUUCGUGUACAGCUAAUGAACUUCUUAACUUAAUUGUAUGCAUAUAGUUGGAGAAUAUGAUAUUUCUUCUGUAUAAAAGGCAUGUUUAUUAUUGUUCUGAUGGUGUGUUGUAUUGAAUUUUCAAUGCUAGUUGGAGAAUUGUCUCGAGUCCAAUCAUUGACAUAUUGUAAUAUGGGCCACUAUUGAAGCCUUGGGUUGUAAGAUGCCAAAGGAUAACAGAAACUAGAAAAAUUAUACAUGAAAUCUGUUAUCAACCUUCAUGCAAUGGUUAGCAUCAUAAAGAUGAAGCAAAAAAUUUUGUUUCAAUCAAAUAUAUAAAAUGUGAUCAAAGGCACGUGGGGAGGGUGGUUGGGAGUGUGUGUCCUCAUAUCGUGAAGCAGAGAAAUGAAAGUCUGACUUUUUGAGGAGUGAGACAGAAAAGCUACAAAUUUAAAUCCCUAUGGUGUCCCCCAUGUAAAGAUUUUUGAAUCAUUCUAAACUUGAUUUAAAUCUCCACAGGCCCCCCUUUACCCAUCUUAAAACUGGAAUAUGACAUCUGGACUCCAUCUUAUUUAUUAAGGAAAUACCAAACCAACCCUGAGGAUUGAAAAUUGAAUUACCUUAUUCUCGUGUUCUUUGCUGACUCUAAGAUCUUUGGAUUCAAAUAAUUUGCUUCAGUGACUUCUAAGUCACUGACUUUUAUUGAGGAGAACUUCCGACUUUCUGAGUCUUAAGUUGCUGGAGUAGUUCAUUGUUUAGGGUACCAAUGCCUCUCUUCUUACUUCUGUCUGAUGUGUUUGUCUUUUUUGUUUUCUACUAUGAAACUUUUUAUAUUAGAUUCAUCAUCAUUUUUAUUAGAAGUUUGAAUCAUAUAGAAUAUAAGCUUUCUGUUAAAAAUAAGAAAUGGAGAUGAAUGCAUGAGAAAACUUGUAAUUGCAAUUUAUUUGAGUUUCUUUAAUUCCUCUAUCAGAUUGCACAUAUGAACUCAAGCACUUUUACAGCGAAUGAGGCGGUUGACAGUAUUGUAGUGAAAUGGGUAUUACCAUGCAUGCAUGACUUCACAUUUACAAUAGCUGGAUGUUGAUUAUGUUGUACCUUGGAUUCAAUAACUCGGAAACUAGUGGACAGACAAUCCGUGAUCAGUUUUAUUUCAUUGUAGAUUAUAUUUAUGAUGAGGUUUUCUAUUCUUUAACCUUAAAUUAGAAUAGUGGUCAUAAAUAAAUGUAAAUUAGUGGGGCCAGCUCUAGCUAGACGCUUUGGCUUUCACUUCUUAUCCAGGGAAUAUUUCUCCUUUUAUAGGAUUGGGAUCUCUUAAACUUUUUCAAAUCAUAUAGAAGGUUUUGCACCAGUUUCAUAUAGUUAACCUUAAGAAGAAUCUCUGAACUAGCUCGUCAUUUUCCACUUAAACUUUGAAACAUAGUUUGUCCAAUUUUCUAUUUACUAGCGUUCUUUGCCCUACAAUUUCUGGUAGUUUAAACUUCAAUCACAUUUGCCAGAGUCAGUUCUGCAAGUUUUGAAACAUACAGUUUUAAUUAGUUGAUUUCAUUUGCACCCCUUGACUCCAGUGGUUAUGCAAGGAUCAAGGUAGGCCGACCAGACUUGUUCAUACGCUGUAGACCAAAACAAUUACAACCAGAGUCCUGUUCAUGGACACUUAAAAAUCUGGGUGCUGGAUAUGCGAAAAAUGUCAUGUGGCAAGUACCCUGUGGAAAUGAGGCACAUACAGGAAUUGUAUCAAGCAUUACUUUUGCUACAGCACUAACGUGUGCUUUAUUAAUUGUUUUAUCAGCUAUUUAUUUUUCUGGGAGCAAUAGUAUCAAAUGCUUAUAAUGAUCAUUAGCAGCAUUGCUUUUUUAUGUUAUUGGACGCCUUUUUCUGUUUCCAGUUUCUUUAAAUUUGUAUUAAAGGUUUCUUCAUGAUCAUUAACAGAGGGAAUAUUUUCUUUUUAAAAUUAUUUUCUACCACUCAUCUUUGCAAACAGGUCUUUGAGGAAACUGGUUUAGUUAUUUAGAAGACCAUCUCCACUGUGUUGGGUCUUCUCCUCUGACAUCUUUGCAGCUGACGACCGUUUCUAUUAUCCUCAUGUUUCAAAACCCACCCGUUCUUGCUAAUCCCUUCCUCAUGAGGCUAUGUGAAAUAUCUAGGAACCAAUCAUACUGCUGUGUACGGCAAGAUAUCCAACAUUUUGCGGCUUGGAUUCAGUUUCUUAUUGUUCUUCUGUCAUCUUCACCUGUAUAACCCAUUUCCUCUUCACCUUUCCUUGGCCUACUAUCUCCUGGCUUUAUUAUAAUACAGCUGCUGGCAAUGGCUUUAUCCAGAAAUUUUGUGAUAAUGCGUGUCCUAACGGGUUUCCAAUAUGGAAGUAAUUUGUCAUUUUAGUAGAAAAGGAUUGAUGAUCAAUCGAGUUUGCUCCAUUGUUUGAUCACCUAAUGCCUUGGUGGGAUUUCAUGUGUUGGGGGGAGGCGAAGAAACUCUACGAGGAGAUGGGGAAAAGCGGGUGUGUCGUGGAUGGUAGCUGCUACUUUACAUUGAUUUAUUACCUCUGCCAAGGUGGAGACUUUGAGGCGGCACUGGGAGUGGUCAAGGAGACCAUGGCAAGGAACUGGGUCCCAUGCUCUUCAACCAUGAAGAUGCUUGUGAAUGGGCCCGUGAAUGGGUCGAAGGUUGAGGAAGCUCGGGAGCUCAUCGUGAAGAUGGAGGAGUUCUCAGGGAAUGCUGAUAUGUGGAAGUGGAAGAAGGAUUGCCUCAGUAAGCAUGAAGGGAGUGAUAAGGUAUGCCUUGUUGGCUGGCAUUAGUUGAAAACUCUGAAUGGACCAAAAUUAUGUUCAGCAAGAUUUAGAUAUAUGUGCAUGACUUAAAUGUUGCAAAUGCUAAUUGCAUGAAAUGAAUGUCCUCAAGAUUUUUUCCCUCUUUUUAUGAAUGUUUGAAAUAUCAGCGGUCUGGCUUAAGGGUUUCUGGCUGACUUUUCAAUUUUCAUGUAAAAUUUGUUGAAACCCUCCACAUUGUGGGGAAGAAUGUUGCUGAUGAAGUAUCAUGGAUAAUUAUUUUUUUUUUGCUCUUUUCAAGUUCUGUAACAAUUGCUUUGUUGGCUUCCAGAGGUGUAGAAUACAUUUUUCAUUAAAUGGAUUCAUGUCAUGGGCAAAAGAUGACAUAUUUGCUCC